AUUGACCUCUACGACUAUUCGCCUAUCACAACAGUAUCAGCCGGCAUUCCAAAAUCGAAAUUAAUAUCGCUAAGAACGUCGCACGCCGAAGAUGUCGAAGCCGCAAUCGGAUCAAGAGCGAAGGAAGCAGAUCAGUGUGAGAGGCAUCGCCGAAGUUGGCGACGUGACCGAAAUUAAGAAGACUUUCAAUCGUCAUCUGCAUUACACGCUCGUCAAGGACCGAAAUGUGGCCACUCCAAGGGAUUAUUACUUUGCCCUUGCCCACACAGUCAAAGACCAUUUGGUUUCCAGAUGGAUCCGCACUCAGCAACAUUACUACGAAAACGACCCAAAGAGAGUCUAUUAUCUCUCACUAGAAUUUUAUAUGGGUCGUUCACUAACGAAUACAAUGAUCAAUUUGGGUAUUCAAACGCCAUGUGACGAAGCGCUUUAUCAGAUGGGUUUGGAUAUUGAGGAAUUGGAGAGUUUUGAAGAGGAUGCGGGUCUAGGCAAUGGCGGUUUGGGCCGUUUGGCCGCAUGCUUUUUGGAUUCAAUGGCGACGCUUGGAAUGGCCGCGUACGGAUAUGGCAUUCGUUACGAAUACGGAAUAUUCGCGCAGAAAAUCGUCAACGGCGAACAGAAGGAAGAACCGGAUGAUUGGUUACGUUUCGGCAAUCCGUGGGAGAAAGCCAGACCCGAGUAUAUGCUCCCGAUCAAUUUCUACGGGCACGUUGAAGACACGCCGAAGGGCAAGAAGUGGGUCAACACGCAGGUCGUCUUCGCCCUGCCCUACGAUAGUCCAGUACCCGGAUAUAAUAACAACGUUGUGAACACGCUGCGAUUGUGGAGCGCCAAAUCGCCGAUUGAUUUCAAUUUGAAAUUCUUCAAUGAUGGCGACUACAUCCAGGCUGUAUUGGACCGUAAUUUAGCCGAAAACAUUUCACGUGUUUUGUAUCCCAAUGAUAACUUCUUCGAAGGAAAAGAACUGCGACUCAAGCAGGAAUAUUUCAUGGUAGCUGCUACUUUACAGGACAUUAUCCGUCGGUUUAAAUCAGUGAAAUUUGGCUCCAGGGACGCAAUUCGUACAGAUUUUAAAUUGUUACCUACAAAAGUAGCGAUUCAAUUGAAUGACACUCAUCCAUCAUUGGCAAUUCCGGAGUUGAUGCGUAUUUUGGUUGAUAUCGAAGGAUUGUCAUGGAGUGAGGCAUGGGAUAUCACUGUCAAAACAUGCGCGUACACAAAUCACACUGUACUUCCGGAAGCGUUAGAAAGAUGGCCGACCAGUAUGUUGGAACAUAUCCUACCGAGACAUUUAGAGAUUAUUUACCAUAUUAACUUCUUGCAUAUGCAAGAUGUUGAAAAGAAAUGGCCUGGAGAUAUGGAUAAAAUGCGUUGCAUGUCUCUGAUUGAAGAGGACGGUGAAAAGCGUGUCAAUAUGGCGCAUCUUUCUAUUGUCGGCUCGCAUGCUGUCAAUGGCGUUGCAAGGAUUCAUUCGGAAAUUAUCAAAGCGGAUCUUUUUAAGAACUUCUACGAGUUGACACCGGAAAAGUUCCAGAAUAAGACCAAUGGAAUCACACCAAGGCGUUGGUUACUCAUGUGUAACCCCGGUUUGAGCGAUUUGAUCUCCGACAAGAUCGGUGAAGAUUGGAUUGUACAUUUGGAUGAAUUGAAAAAGUUGCAGAAAUUAUCCAAAGAUGCGAAUUUCCAGCGUGCUGUAAUGAAAGUCAAGCAGGAGAACAAAUUGAAAUUGGCAGCGCUGCUCGAGGAAGAUUACGGCAUUAAGGUGAAUUCAGCGUCGUUGUUCGACGUGCACGUGAAGCGCAUUCACGAGUACAAACGCCAACUGUUGAAUUGCUUACACAUCAUCACAAUGUACAAUCGCAUCAAGAAGAAUCCGGCCGGGAAAUUCACGCCACGCACGGUGAUGAUCGGUGGUAAAGCAGCGCCCGGUUAUUAUACCGCCAAAAAAAUCAUCAAAUUGAUUUGUGCGGUCGCCAAUGUGGUGAAUAAUGAUCCGAUCGUUGGCGAUAAACUCAAAGUGAUCUAUUUGGAGAAUUAUCGCGUAACACUCGCCGAAAAAAUCAUUCCUGCCUCGGAUCUAAGCGAGCAAAUAUCCACGGCUGGCACGGAAGCAUCCGGCACUGGUAAUAUGAAGUUCCAAUUGAACGGCGCGCUUACAAUUGGUACAUUGGACGGUGCCAAUGUUGAAAUGGCCGAGGAAAUGGGUAAAGAGAAUAUUUUCAUCUUUGGUAUGACUGUGGAAGAGGUAGAAGCAUUGAAGAAAACUGGUUACAAUGCGUACGAUUACUACAAUAAAAUCCCCGAGCUGAAGCAAGUCAUUGAUCAGAUUCAAAACGGUUUCUUCAGCCCGAACAAUCCUGAUGAGUACAAGGACAUUGGAGACAUUCUCUUGAAAUACGAUCGGUUUUAUUUACUCGCUGAUUAUGAGGAUUACAUUAAAACCCAAGAACGCGUAAAUUCCGUCUAUCAGAACCAAAGUAAAUGGUCCGAGAUGGCAAUCAAUAAUAUCGCAUCAGCUGGUAAAUUCUCCAGUGACCGCACAAUCAUCGAGUACGGCAAGGACAUUUGGGACGUUGACGCAUCCUACGACAAACUGCCGGAGCCGAAUGUACCAAGGGAAAUCGCCCUGAAGGGAAACUAAAGAGUUAUACGAUGCCAUAAUAAUAAGCUUAACAUAAUUGUGAUUUUAUGUAUCUUGUUGUGAAUAUCUAGCUAAUCAUUUACGAACGUAAAAAUAUAUAUUUUGUUACAAGUCAAA